UAUACAGGACGUCCGCUGGUCAUCUCUCGUACCCGCCAACCUGCUCCCCGCCAGAACUACUGCUACCACAGCACCGUCACACGCCAGUGGAGAAUUGACGAAUAUGAAACCUGUGAUUCGUGUGGCAGGAUACCCUUCCUCAAAUGGUUCUACCUCUGUACCGAAGAUACUUCAGGUUACUUAGACCCAAUUGACCCCGAGGGGUCCCUCUUGAGCCCUUGGAUUACUGAUGCUAUCCUGUCGGGCGAGUACACCAACGAACAGAAGGAAAUCAUCAUUCAACAAAAGCUGAAGGUCCUCAGACUCUGCGAGAAGCAGAGAAGUCCGUCUCCGUCUUCAUUAACUGCACAGCCGGACGAAAACGGGGUUCCAUCCUGCCAUACUCCUGCAUUUCUAGCUGCAGAUGCACCAGGUGCUGGCUUACCACAGUCACCCCCAGCGCCCGCUCGAUGCAGCUACAAAGCAUGCCAACAUUGUGAGCGCAGACUCCAGGAGAGAACCUGGGUGAGCCUCAAUGAAGUCUGCAACGAGAUGGACGCCAACCCCCCCAGUAGUGCGUGGGACCUGUGGGAUAGACCUGUGUCUGAUUUCAGGAUCGUUCGCAACUUGGGGUUACGGUCCCCUAACCCGCCUCCUCCGCCUCCGCAUCUUGCACCACACGUGCCGCGAAACCAUCGGCUGAGAAGCCGUCAUCACACCCGAAGCUGUCCGAGUUUCGACGUGAACGGCCUUCAGGGCGUACUUUCAACCAUAGAUGAAGGAUCCGAGGAGAUCGAGAUC